AUUUCCAACUUAUAUCCUCAGGUACUGCAGAAGUUGGGGAAAACUGUGGAAACCAAAGAUGAACGGUUUGAACAAAGUGCCAACAACUUCUACCAUCAACAGACAGAAGGCCUCAAGCUAUACAAAGACCUAAAGAACUUCCUUGGUGCAGUCAAAGUGAUGCAUGAAAGUUCAAAGAAAGUGUCAGAAACCCUGCAGGAGAUCUACAACAGCGAAUGGGACGGUCAUGAGGAGCUAAAGGCCAUUGUAGGGAAUAAUGAUCUCCUUUGGGAAGACUAUGAAGAGAAACUAGCUGACCAAGCUUUGAGGACCAUGGAAAACUAUGUAGCCCAGUUCGGCGAGAUUAAGGAAAGAAUCGCCAAGCGGGGUCGGAAACUUGUGGAUUAUGACAGUGCCCGACACCACCUGGAGGCCGUGCAGAAUGCCAAGAAGAAAGAUGAGGCCAAGGCUGCCAAGGCAGAGGAAGAGUUCAACAAAGCUCAGGCUGUGUUUGAAGAUAUGAACCAGGAACUACUAGAGGAGCUGCCUGUUCUUUAUAAUAGUCGUAUUGGCUGUUAUGUGACCAUCUUCCAAAACAUAUCCAACCUGAGGGACGUCUUCUACAGGGAGAUGAGCAAGCUGAACCACAAUCUCUACGAGGUGAUGAGCAAACUGGAGAAGCAACAUUCCGACAAGGUCUUUGUGGUGAAGGGAUUAUCAAGCAGACGCUCCUUAGUCAUCUCUUCCCCAGUUCAAACGUCUGCAGUCUCCAGCCCGCUUACCUCACCUACCAGUCCCUCUGUACCUUCCUUGAAGAGCGAGAGGGAUUCCAUCUCAGUGAGUGAAGAAGAGCUGACAUCUGAUCCAGCCCAGGGAGACAACGGCUCUGAAGUUAAAGAAGAGCCCUUAAAAGACAGGGAAACAGAGGAUGAAGAAGCCGAAGCAGGCACCUCUGAGGAGGAAGAGCCUCUGCCAGCCUGCAAUGGCCCCACCCAGGCCCAGCCCUCUCCCACUGUGGAGGCUGGCGAGUCCCAGGAGGAAGUUGUCCUUGGCUCCCCAGCUCCAUCUCCAGGCAGAGCUCUGAUCCCUUCAGAGCAGCCUUCAUCUCUCCCAGAAGUAGUCCUCCGAACCCGAACCUCAAGUGAAGGGUCUGAACAACCAAAGAAGACAGCCUCUAUCCAGAGGACCUCAGCACCCCCUAAUAGGCCUCCUCCACCCAGAGCCACUCCUAGCCCUAGGACCUCCUUAGGGAAUACACCCUCCAGCCCUACAGCCUCUGACCAGGGUUCACCCACCAGCUCCAGGGCCUCCUUGGGAGCUGGGACUCCAAGUCCUAGGGCCUCCUUGGAGGUCUUUCUUGACCCACAGCCACCAGAGAAGCCAGCAAGAACUCCUGAGUCCCAAGAAGAAGAGAACACUGACAAUGUGAACCCAGAAGAACUUCGUACUUCCCCUACCUCGAUGGUCCCUCAGGUUUUUUCAGAGUCUGGCAAUGAAAGGAAGAUGGAAGAGGAGGAAGAGAACAAUAAGCUUAUCUCGGCUGACUCCCCUGAGACUCAAGACCCACAGCUUCAUGUCUCUGCGGAUCCAGAAGAGAAUAACAUCACAGCAUCUGAGCCUCAAGAACAGGUAAGGAGGCCAGAUACACAGAGAACAGGAUGGGUGGCAGGAUUGGGCGUUGGGGGUGGACAGAAGUUUGGCUACAGGCUGGAAUCUUCACUGCGGGCUAUAAGGAGAACCCAGCAAUGA